GAUGCCCAGUUUCUCCAUCUGUAAAAUGAGCAAGUUCGAUCAUUUAAAACGACAUUCUUGGACCUUGGAUGACUCAGAUUUUCCAGGUACAUGCGGAAAAGCACGCCAGAGGGAAGGAGGAGGAGUGGCAGUGCUGCGACUAAGCCCAGGUUUAGCGAAACCGGCAGCUCCACCACCCGCACUAGUUACCCCAGCUCCGGAGGUGCCAAGCGGAUGGGGUGGGUAGUAGACACAGGGCGGAGCUUAGUCGGCUCCGCCCCCAGCCCGCGCUUUUCUCAUUGGCCCAGUGAACUCGAGACUCGUGACGCCUUAGGCGUGCGCCCAGCGUGUGAAGGGGGUUUGGCUCGCUGAGAGGGAGGACACAAGAUGGCGACGUCCGUGGUGCACCGGUUCCUGCGAUUACUGCACGGAGUCGCGCCGUGGCGGAGCAGCUUCCAUCAGCGUGAGAUCACUACCCUGAGCCAAUCUCUACAGCCCUUGUGGAAGCUGCCUUUUAGAGCCUUUCGCACAGAUGCUAGAAAAAUCCACACUGCCCCUGCCCGAACCACGUUCCUGCUGCGUCCCCUGCCCAUUCUGUUGGCGACAGGCGGCGGGUAUGCAGGGUACCGGCAGUAUGAGAAGUACAGGGAGCGAGAGCUGGAGAAGCUGGGAUUGGAGAUUCCACCCAAACUUGCUGGUCACUGGGAGGUGGCUUUGUACAAGUCAGUGCCGACGCGCUUGCUGUCACGGGCCUGGGGUCGCCUCAACCAGGUGGAGCUGCCACACUGGCUGCGCAGGCCCGUCUAUAGCCUGUACAUCUGGACCUUCGGGGUGAACAUGAAAGAGGCCGCUGUGGAGGACCUGCAUCACUACCGCAACCUCAGCGAGUUCUUCCGGCGCAAGCUGAAGCCGCAGGCCCGGCCCGUCUGUGGCCUGCACAGUGUGAUCAGCCCAUCGGAUGGAAGGAUCCUCAACUUUGGGCAGGUGAAGAACUGCGAGGUGGAGCAGGUAAAGGGGGUCACCUACUCCCUGGAGUCGUUCCUGGGCCCGCGCACCUACACAGAGGACCUGCCCUUCCCGCCAGCCGCCUCGUGUGACUCCUUCAAGAACCAGCUGGUCACCCGGGAAGGGAAUGAGCUCUAUCACUGUGUCAUCUACCUGGCCCCCGGGGACUACCACUGCUUCCACUCCCCCACGGACUGGACUGUGUCCCACCGGCGUCACUUCCCAGGCUCCCUGAUGUCAGUGAACCCUGGCAUGGCUCGCUGGAUCAAAGAGCUCUUCUGCCAUAAUGAGCGGGUAGUCCUGACGGGGGACUGGAAACAUGGCUUCUUCUCACUGACGGCUGUGGGGGCCACCAACGUGGGCUCCAUUCGCAUCUACUUUGACCGGGACCUGCACACAAACAGCCCGAGGCACAGCAAGGGCUCCUACAACGACUUCAGCUUCGUGACGCACACCAAUAGAGAGGGCGUCCCCAUGCGCAAGGGCGAGCACCUGGGCGAGUUCAACCUGGGCUCCACCAUCGUGCUCAUCUUUGAGGCCCCCAAGGACUUCAAUUUCCAGCUGAAAACAGGACAGAAAAUCCGCUUUGGGGAGGCCCUGGGCUCGCUCUAGAGCCUCUCUCCUGAUUAUGGCUGCUAAGGGAUCUUUUCCAAACAAAGUGAGGGUCUUUUAGAGAGGGAGGCCAUGAGGCCAUCCAGGUGAGGGCCUGCCUCAGGGUGGGUGAGAGUCUGACCAGGUAGGACUUGAAUGACUCGGCUCCCACCUGUUGCGGAGGUGCAGACAAGUGGUGGUGAGAGCCCCCAUCAUGCCCUCAACCUAUCCUGUUCCUUCUCCCUACAAAUAAAAAGUGCAGGCUGGAAUGAUCUGUCACAUUUGGAUCUUUUUAAACACUGUAUAGACGGGAGGUCCUGCAUUCCCCACUGAACCUUCAGUUGGUCUCGACUGUCAUUUUUUCUUGCUGCUCCUCCCCAUCACCUGGGCUGUUUCCUGUUGGUCCCUUUUUUUUUUUUUUGGCCUUAACCCUCCUGCUGUACAGGGUGAGGUGCCUCCUUGGCACAGACUGUGGAUGCCUCUUCCCUCAGCAGAGCCACACAGCCUUCAUCACAGCUGCUUUCUGUUCCCAAAUUCACCUCAUCCUGCUCUUUAGAAAAAGCAGUCUUUGUGCUUGUGGCUGAAUGCAUCACCCUGGACUCUGCCAGUGUCUUCUGAGGACACAUGAUUAAUGAUACAGACCUCUGUAGGACCCGAUGAGUGACCUUCUGGAGCUGGCCAGGUCCGUCGUUGCAGCAGGCAAGACUAAUCACCAAACCUGCCACAUGGCACCAGAAUGAACAGGGCAGGCAGGUGGUAGGCCCAGCUGGGGACAGGGGAGCGUUUCUGUCCUCCCCGUAUCCCUGCAGGAAAUGUGGGAAAGUUGAUGCUAUUGAUUGAGGGUCUGUCUUGGAGGCAGAGGGCCCUUGGUGGAUAGUCGGUCAGUGCCUGGAAAACCUGUCCCAGUUAUCAGGAAUGCGGGCCUGGGGAGCCCCCAGUGGCGGGGACAGGGCCAGCGUUCAUGUUGACCCUGGGGACGCUGUGAAUUUCUCCUGCAGGAGAGCCAUCAUUGAACUUUUUCAACUGUAUCAGUAGCACAGUAUUUUUGUAUGAAAAGUGGAGACUUCUGAACAGUAAUUCAUUUAAUGGCAAAACAUUUUGAAAUAAAAAAAUAAAAC